ACACACACCCGACAGGGCAUAACAGAAGCUCGUCUACGCCACUGAUUCCCGUACUAGAAGCUUCAUCGAUUGAAUUGGUGGUCAGUAGUGAAUGAAGCGCGCUCGAUCAAUUAUAGCCUACCUUACUGACCUCUUUUCAACGCAUUCUCUCGACCGUGAUAAAUAAUAUAUAUUGCACUUUCCUGUUUCAGCAGCACAGUAGGUACUAGGUAGGCAACCCAUACGUGAUUUCCGGGGGAGGACUUUAACUGUGUAAUUUGUAUGUAUUACGUUUAGACAGAAGAUUGGUGAACUUUCAAUGAAGCUUUCUCGAGGUAUGGAUGCUAUGUCAUGAAAACAGGCGCCCAGUCUUUUUUUUAACAACAUCACACGGUCGGGUUACAUGCAACAUGGAUGCCCGGAGAUGUCGAGCCUACCUGGCUGAGAGAUGGGGUUGGGUGGUGACCUUUGCUAGUUUCUGCGUACACUUUGUCUGCUUCGGAAUAUACUACUGCUUUAGCAUCACAUUCAUAGCCCUCCAAGAAGAAUUCGAAACCAGUUCUACAGCUACAUCAUGGGUCGGGUCCAUUCCCAUUGGCCUUUCGACCAUGGCAGGAGUCUUCGUCACUCCGCUCAUCUACCGCUUCAGCAACCGGUCCAUCGCUCUUGUCGGGAUCGUACUCUGCUUCACCUCGUGCAUGGUGACGUCAUUGAUCACGGUCUUCCCCGCCAUCUACCUGACGUACAGCGUGCUCUAUGGUGUCGGGAGUGCGUGCGCGUCUCUGGCAUCCACGGAUCUCCUACUCCGGUACUUUCCAGUCACGAACUGCGCACGCGCCACCAUGUUCGCUUUGAUAGGCAGUAGCGCAGGUAUGCUGUGUUUGGGUCCUUUAACCUAUACCCUUAUCGAGCGCUGGGGAUGGCGAAUUAUGUUGCGUGUCGUUGGAAGUAUACUCCUUGUCGUCGGAGUCGCGGCCAUUUUCGCUUUCCACCCUCCCCCUCCUCCUCCAACUGGCUCGGGACCGGAUGAGGACGACACGAAGGAAGGUAAGCGCGGCGACCAGGAUGUUUCGCCGCCAGACGGCACUCGGGAAGGAUCGGAAAUACCCGAUGAUCGCACGAACGCACGAGUACAACCGAAGUAUGCCAAACUCUAUAACGAAGUGAAGACGGAUCAAAAUAAAAAAGCCGAGGACGGUAGCGCCAGCAAACACGCUGAAUGUGAAAAGACAAGCGAAGAAAUGAAACCCUUUCUGCAGGAGCAGAUCGCAGAGGGCGUAAUAGGGAAGGAGGUUUGCGCUUCAUUAGACAGAUGCGACAGUGACAUAGCAGUUGCCUUGACAGCUUCGGAAAGCCCUUUACCAGAUGGAGCGGUCGGUGAGACUGGAGAGGAAGACGAAGUGCCUGUCACAUUCUGGACAAAGCACAGAUCAGUUUUCUACCCGGAUGUCUGGGUCCUCGGCUUGUGCAUCAUGGGACUAGGGGUCAUGAACUCAUUUUUCUAUAUCAACAUGGGUAGUUUUCUCCUCUCAAAGGGAUUCGAAAAACACGUGUUGCCUUGGGUCGUCACAACGCUCGGCGUCUCAGAAAUGGCGGGAAAAUUACUGCUGGGUGCGACAGCCGAUCGUCUGCCAUUCCCGAAGAUUUUUCUCUUUAUUUUUUGUAGCGUCACAGGGAUCGGCUGUAUGAUCUGCCUACUCUACGUGCGCUCCGUCAUAUUGUUACUGUUACUAUCGGUUGUCAUCGGUUUGGUUGUCAUGACGAUUGCGGAUGUUCUCUCCUACUCCAUCUGUAACCAAGUCUUCCGUAAAGAGGAUGCCGUCCAGACCUGGACCGUUGUCAUGAUGCUGCAAGGAGUAGGCUUCAUGGUGGGAGCCGUCUUUGGUGAAAGUAUUGACAAAACCGGAUCGUAUAACGAAGCCAUUUACACAAGCAUGGGAAUGUAUGCGGUAUGCGCUGUGCUCUGUAUAGCCGUUCCUCUUUACCAAAAACUUUUUGCUCGUCAUCGCUUCGUCAUGUUCGACCACCAGGCCAAGUGUCGACGUUUAAAGACGGCGACGACGACGGUUGCGGAGGUGAAGACAAGUCCUACGGCAUGACCGUCCAACUAAUUUUCAAAGGUUAUCUUCAGUGCUGGUACUAAUGGAAAACAAAAUUUUGAAUAUUCAAACCAAAUUCUACCUGAUUUGUAAGACUACGGGUAAACGAUGUGAAAGUGUCGUGGUACAGUGGUUCAUUCACUUGACUUUCACUCAUAAGGUUUGUGGUUUGAAUCUCAGGUCAGCACUAAUGUCCUUCUGCAAGACAUGAGUCCACAUUUGCCACUCUCCAACUAGGUGUAAACGGGUAAAUUCCCGAUUUGCCAGAGCGUUACUGUCUUAUUUGACCACCGGCUAUGACCGGCCGAAAAUUAAUUGGUGAUUAAUUUGGGUGCCAAGAGCGUCACGGCGUGACGAACAUGUGCGCAAUCCAUUAAUAAUCCAAUGAUAAACGAUAUUGGUAGAAAGGGUACCAAAGUGGAGAUAUAAGAAAAUAUAUGAGUAGAAAAAAGGCUAUCACGAAAUUCUGUCUUAUUCUUCCAG